UGUGGGCCGCCAGUUCAGAUCGGUAGAACUAGACCAAGGACGGGCUGAUGGAAUAAUCAUGGUAUAUAAGAUUCGUUCCGGUUGCAUCCGUUCGAAUAGUUGCAUUUUGUAUUUUCCUAAGAAAUCGAAAAGGACUAAGUCUUCAAUCAUGCUCGUCAAAUGCACUUGGCUUCUGCUUCUGGUCCUGUCCUUAAUGGUGGGAGCCUUUGCCAGCAGUGGAUGUCCUGCGGGAUAUAAUGCUGAGGACAAUCACUGCACCAUACAGCGACCCAUUCACGGAUCCUGCCCUCCCGGAUCCUCCUAUAGCCUCAACAUUAACAAGUGUGUCCACUCGUAAGGAUCUCUUCGUAAUAAAUGUCUAUUUUCAAUGUUAAAAUCAAUGUGCAAUCAAAUAUAAUUUAAUCGAUGUGCAGCUUA